AUGUCAAAGUCUCUUGAUCGGGACCAUAAAGAUAAUAAGCAAAUAACGAAAAGACGACGUCGUUUUCCCCUUCCACCGCGGUGCCAAAUCUCAGGGGCUCGUGAGUCGUCGUCUCUCAGUUCUCCCAGUAAUCAAAUAUUCAUCUCUCCAGAAUCAAACCUCUUUUCAAGUCGAAGAAGACGAUCCUCUGCGUCUUUCUCUCUCUCCCCGCUUUCAAGCCUGAGACAUCACAACGAUGGAGGAAAUGCUCGCCGUGAUCAUCUCCAUGUUCCUCGUCCUGGCCUUAAUUCCACUCUACCUAUGGAAACGCCGUCAGGAUUCUAGGUCGCCCAAAGAUCGCGAAGACGAGCCUCAGGUUGCUCAGAGAGAGGCUGUGGUGCGUCCGGCCGGUAAUCUCCGGAUGCGGCGGAGGCCGGCUGCUGGAGCUAGCACGUCUGCCGCGGCGGCGGCACCUAUAGAAGAAGCUGCUGAUGGAAGUGAUGAUGAAGGUGUUGAGGAUGAGACGUAUGAAGCCAAAGCUUCAAGGAAAAAGGAAAAGAAGCGUCAAGAGCGGGAAGCACAGCGCCAAGCUGAACAAGCUGCACGGGACUCAAGGCAAACAAAACAAGAUCGCUAUGCGGAAAUGCGAAGGAAGAAAGAUGAGGAGCGGGAGGCACAAGAACGUCAGCUGGAAGAAGAAGCCAAGGCUCUAAAAGCCAGGGAGGAGGAAGCUGCUGCAUUAGAGUUUGAGAAGUGGAAAGGAGAAUUUUCCAUAGAUGCUGAAGGUACUACAGAGAAUGAAGUGCAAGAUGGACAUCAGGAUUUGCUAUCUACUUUUGUGGAAUACAUAAAGAAACAUAAAUGUGUUCCCUUGGAAGAUCUUGCUGCUGAAUUUAAGUUACGGACUCAGGAAUGCAUCAACCGGAUCAACUCUCUGGAAAGUAUGGGUCGACUUUCUGGUGUCAUGGAUGACAGAGGGAAAUAUAUAUACAUAUCCCAAGAAGAGAUGCAAGCCGUGGCGGACUAUAUUAAGCGUCAAGGGAGGGUUAGCAUUGCACAUCUUGCUAGCAAGUCUAACCAGUUCAUUGACCUGGAGCCAAAAGCCCAGUUCGUUGAAGAAAUCAGUAUUGUUGAGGAAAUUGCUGCCACUUAGAUCUGUUUAGUGUACUAUGUACAUGUAAAGUGCAAUUACAACAUAGUGUAAUGGUCAUCGUGUACACAUGGUUAACUUAACAUAUAACAGAGGGUCAAGAACUUGAGGAGGUAACAUUUUUAGAGAGCUUAUU